UUUUUAUCCGGGACUCCUUCUUGUACAUACUUCACGCAUAAUAAGUAGAAGCUGCGAGUAACCAUACGUAUGAGCCGAUAGGAACAUUGAAUCUGAAGGGCGUCGCCUAAGCCCUCGCUACUCGUGAUCAAUAUGGCUGACGAUAAAGACGUUCGUGAAUUAGCAGAAGCAAAGAAACUACCUUUGCCCGACCGCAUCGCUCACACAAAUUGGAAGGCGAGGGUGGCAGCAUAUGAGGAUAUCACCGCAGCUUGCAGGGAAAUAUAUGACGAUGCGGAUCCUCGCCUGUCGGACUUUGCACCGCUAUUCCCCAAGGCCGUCUCAGAGUCCAACGCAGCAGCGGUUGACAAGGCCCUUGACGCACUGUCAGCUUUCUUGGCUAAGGCAUCGGAGCAGCACGCCAGCAGGAUAUGCGAGCGCACAUGUGCGAAUAUGGUCGCCAAGUGUUUCAGCGCCAGGACCAGCACCCUCACUCGAUCGCUCGAAUGCUUGCUGUUGUUUGUGGAGUUGGAGCAGGCGGAUAAAGUGACGGAAGCGCUGGUGUCGGGGCUGACCAACAAGAACCCGAAGGUGGUGGUGGCCUCCCUUGAGUUCCUCUACAACAGCAUCAACCACUUCGGCCACCGCGUCGUGGCGCCGCAGCCCAUCAUCAAGGCGCUACCGGCACUGUUCGAGUCCAAGGAUGGCAAGGCGCGCGAGAAGGUCAAGGAGAUUGUGGUGGAGCUGUCGAGGUGGAUGGGUCCGGACGCGGUGCGAACCUUGCUGUUUGACAAGAUGCGCGACGCCAUGCGCGACGACAUCAACCGCGCAAUGGAGGCCGUUGAGCCCGCGCGGCAGCCGGCACGCCUCACACGCAAGCAGCAGGCAAAGGCAGCGGACGCCCGGGACUGUGGCCCCGCCGCUGUCGGCGAUGUGGCGAGUGGCGGCGCCGCGGCCAUGGAAGUAGAUGAGGCACCCCCAGAGGCUGAUCCAUACGAGUACGCCGAGCCCAAGAAGGUUCUGCCCGAGCUUAAGACGGACAACUUCUGGGAGAAGCUGGAGUCGAAGAAGUGGACGGACCGCCGUGACGCUGUAUUGCUGCUGAAAGGGCUCGCGGAUACGCCCCGCAUUGCCACAGGCGACUACGGUGACUUGAUGCGGGAGCUGCGUAAGCUGAUUAGCAAGGACAGCAACGUUGUCGUGGUGGCGGAGUCUAUCAACUGCUGCGGCCUGCUAGCACGGGGACUGCGGAAGGAGUUUGCGUCAUGGGCGCGCAACCUGGCGAGCUUGCUGUUUGAAAAGCUCAAGGAGAAGAAUACCAACGUGGGCAACGCCGUCAACCAGUCCCUCACGUACAUGCACAAGUACUGCUGGCACCUGAUGGAAGUGCAGGAGGAGCUCACGGAGGCCAUGGGCCACGCUAACCCCAAGGUCAAGGAGGAUACCUACAAGUGGCUGACCGGCGCCGUGUCCCAAGAGCCCAAGGCUAACCUGAAGCAGCUGGUGCCCCCGCUGAUGGGCGCCGCCGCCAAGGGCGCGGAGGAGGCCACUCCGGCGUUGCGUGAGGCCGCCAUGGCUUUUAUGGCCGCCUUCACCGUGCGGUUCGGCAAUACGGCCAUCUUGGAGAAAUUCGGCGCUAAGCUUGACGAUGCCCGCAAGAAGAAGAUCCAGGACAUGGUGGCGGAGGCCAUGGGCGGUGGUGGUGGCGCCGCAGGUGGCGCCCCCGCAGCUUCAGCAGCCCCCGCUGCUUCCGCGGCCUCCGCAGCAGGGCCAGCCGCUGCUCAGGCUGCGCGCGCGCCCGCACUCAACGUCUCCCUAAAGUCAAGGCUUGGUACGACAGCUCGCCCUGCUGCCGCCGCCAAGCCGCCGGCUUCCGGGGCCGCGCCCUCUGCGGGAGCUGCCGGCGGAGGUGCUGGGGCUGGGCCAGCGGGAGCCAAGAAGGCCGCGGGCGGCGGUGACGGUGACGAUGAGGCCAGCCUUUCUGCUGGAUCCCUGUCCAAGGACCAAGCCGUUGCCUUCCUGACCGAGAUGGCUGGAGAGGCAACGGUAAAGGGCCUGCAGGACGACCAGUGGAAGGCGCGACUCGACGCAAUGGAGCGCGUUGUUUCGCUCGCUGGAGAGCCGGGUGUGGCGGCGAGCAGCGGAAGUUCCAUUGUGCAGGCGCUCUCUCACCUCCCUGGUUGGGGUGAGAAGAACUUCCAGGUCAUGGCCAAGGUGUUUGAGGGGUUGCGGGUCGUGGCGGCGAACUGUCCGACCUUCAGCAAGCGGGACGGCUUUGCAUGCAUCGUGGGCGUGAUCGACAAGGUUGCCGACAUUAAGCUCAAGCAGCCAAGCUUCGACACGCUUACGAGCGUGGCGGAGGCGGUGGGGCCGCAGUUCGUCAUGACGCAGCUGCACAAGAAGGCCGCGGCGCACAAGAACCCGAAGGUGCAGAGCGAGGCAAUCAACUGGAUUACGCGCGCUAUCACCGAGUUCGGCAUAGCUGGCACGGACGUGCGCGCCCUCCUGGAGUGGGCGAAGGAGGACCUGGCCUCCGCCAACGCCGGCGUCCGCAACGCAGCCAUCCAGCUCCUGGGCUUGAUGUUCCGCUUUCUUGGGCCCCCGCUGGGCGACAUGAUCCGCGCUGACGUCAAGCCAGCGCUCAUGACCGCCAUCGACGGCGAGUUCGCCAAAAACAAGGACCAGCCUAAGCCUGAGCCGACACGGUUCUCGCGCGCUGCCGCGCCUGCCCGUGGAGGCGCUGGUGGUGGCAAGGGCGGCGCCAAGGGUGGCGCUGGUUCAAGCGGAUCCGCGGGCGGCGGUGGUGGCGGUGGUGGUGGCGGGUUCGACGCUGAUGACCUGCUGCCGCGUACGGACAUCAGCAACCAGAUUACCAGCGAGCUGGUUGCGCAGCUGGGAAACACUAACUGGAAGGAGCGCAAGGCUGGCUUGGACGCCAUUGAGACCAUCCUCACGCAGGCCGGCAACCGCAUCCAGCCGCAGACCGGCGACCUGCUUCCGGAGCUGAAAAAGCGCAUGGCGGAUUCGAACAAGAACCUCACAACUCAGGCUCUUAUCGUGCUGGGCCGCAUCGCCAAGGCCAUGGGCCGUGCCAUUGACCGGCAAGCACGUCCGCUGCUGCCCCCGGCCGUUAAGAACAUUACGGACCAGAAGCAGACGGUUCGAUCGGCGGUCACGGAGAUGCUCGAUGCCUGGGUCGGUGUCGCAGGCGCGAGCAGUGUCAUGCCGGACGUCAUGGAGUUCUACACGAGCAGCAAAAUCACAGCGGACGGCAAGGCGGAGACACUCAAGUGGCUGGCGGCGCUAGUACCUGGAGGAAAGCUUGGGGACUGCGUCCCGGAUGCGCUGCGUGCCGCGGCGAUUGGUGGCGCAGACAAGGCGGCGGAGGUCCGUGACGCGGCAACCAAGCUUAUGGCCGCGCUUCUCGAGGCGGUUGGCGCUGCGGAGCUCGGGGCGGCGGCACAGAGCCUCGAUGGUCCGUCGCGCAAGGCCGCCCUGGAAGCCAUUAGCAAAGCAUCGGGCGCACCGGUGCCUGUCGCAGCGGCGCCGGCGGCCGCAGCUGCGUCCACCACCACCAAGGCAGCUGCAUCAUCGGCGGUGCGGAGCUCUACGGUCUCCCUGCGGUCCUCCACGUCGAGUCUGCCCAAGUCGGGCUCUGUCGGCGGUGCCGCAACUCGCGCGUCCAUGGCUGCUAAGCCGGGCGCGCUGAACAGGUCCACAGCGGGAGGUAUCGGAGCAGCAGCUGCUGCGGAUGCCGGGCCCCUGAUCGCUCCUGACAACCGCAAGGAGGAGCGAGCCAAGAAGGGUCGUUUCCGGCCUGCCAAGCUGCAGAUCAUGCCGGAUGAGGCGCAGACGCUCGAGGCGGAAUUCAGCCCCAUGCUGAACCCGGCCCUCCGCGCGGCCGCCUUCAGCAAGGACUUCAAGAAGCACUGCGAGGCGGCGGACAUGAUCACAAAGGCGUUGCCUGGCCUGUACGACGAGGUCAUUGCGGUUGUCGAUCUGCUCUUCAGGUGGGCAACGCUGCGCAUCCUCGAGUCAAACACGGCCUCUCUGGUCAAGGUGCUGGACCUCCUCAAGGCCCUGAUGGACCUUAUGGUUGAGCGCAACUACCGGAUCUCGGAGUACGAGUCGAAGUUAAUCCUGCCGGCGCUGGUGGAGAAGUCAGGCCACAACCAGGACAAGCUCAAGGCCGAGCACCGGGAGCUGCUGAAGCGGCUAGCGCUCCUGCACCCUCCAGCCAAGGUGCUGUCGUACGUGAAGGAUGGCCUCGAGUCCAAGAACAGCAAGACCCGCGUUGUCUGCCUGGACGAGAUUGCGGCAAUCAUCGACCGCACGGGGCCGGUGGUGUACCGCGGGUCGUCAAGCCAAGGGAAGUCCUCGGGCAGCGGCUCCAGCGAGAGUAUUAUGGCGGCGGUCGCAAAGCUGGUAGCGGAGCGUGACACGGCCGUGCGUGCCGCGUGCCUGGGCGUCAUGGAGGUGCUCUACUGCAUCGAGGGCACCGCUAUCUGGGACUACCUGGGCCGCCUGACGGACCAGCAAAAGUCGCUCAUUGAGGAGCGCAUCAAGGCCGCGGGUAACCGCCUGUCGCGAGCGGGCAUGCAGCCCGGGUACAAGGCGGCGGAGUACGGCUUGGUUGCGCAGGUCGCCGAUGACCCCAUGGUCAUUUGCCAACAAGGAGGCGGCACACCGCCGCGUCGGCCUGCGUCACCCAUGCGCCGCUCCAUCAUUGGAAUGGCCACCUCCAACGGUGGCGUCGGUGGUGUGGCGUCGCCAGCUGCCGCCCGUGGAGGUGGCAUUUUGGAGGCCGCAGCCCAGCGUGCCGGGGUGGUGGCGCCUUCAGGCCCCACCCCCAUGGAGGUGUGCAGCCCUGUGCCCGCUCCUGCGCCACCGCCGGUGUACGAGGCUCCGGCUCCGGUGCCGUAUGAUGCGCGACAGAUGGGUUCGCCCGUCGUAAACCGUUUCGGCUCAACCACAUUCCAAUCGGGACAGCUUGCCAACGGACCUGGCGUGCUCACGUCUCUUGAGGGUGCCGAUGAGGAGGCCACCAUGCGCAACUGGGUCAUCCUGCAUGACCGGCUGCAAGGCGACGACUGGGAGGCAACCAUCCAGGCCAUGAAGCUGCUGUGCUACAGCUACAUCGAAAUGGACAAGCACAGCCGGCACGUGGCGGCCCUGCUGACAGAUCCGCGCAACGUGGACGAGCUGGUGCAGCUGCUGUCCCAGAAGAUAGAGCAGUCCUUCUCCGACGCCGCUGCCUCCACGCUGUGCCUGCCCAACGGCCCCGCCUACAACGCCCGCGCUUGCAAGUAUAGCGUCAACUCGCUCAUGAACCUGUGCAACGUGGCGGCGCUGGCAUCGGGCCUGGGCGACAACGCGCUGAAGCGGCUCUUCAGUGUGCUCCUGGCGUGCCUAAUCGACGGGCGCCUGCGCCAGGUGGCCGACGGCGAUGGUCUGCUGAAGGCGGUCAACAUGCUCAUCAUGCGGCUCCUGGAGCACGCCAACAGGCCGGGCGUGUUCGGCGCACUGAUCGGGUUCCUGCGCACACCCAACCCUCGCAUCUACGAGAUGAUCCCCUCCUCAGUCGCCUUGCCGGACGGUGGGGCGUCGGAGAUGCUCCUGCGCUGGAACGACACGGUCGUCAAGUGCCUCAUCAAGAUGACCAAGCAGCUCGGAGCAAUGAUCCCGACCAUCAACGUGGGCAAGGUGCUUGUGCACAUCCACCACUACAUGCAGGAGCUCGGCGCUGAGGAGGUCCGGCGCCGCAGCUCGCUGGAGGACAAGCCGCUGCGCAUGAUCAAGACCAUGCUACACGAGCUGUGCAAGCACCGCGGCUUUGACAUCUUCAAAGACGUUGAGGCCAUGCCGGGCGUGACCGAGAGCGCGGACGAGAUGGUGAUGCUGCCGUACAUCCGGCUCAACUUGAACACCAUCAACAUCGACAAGCGGCCACCCGGGGAAGGCGGCCCCGCUGCUUCCGCAGCGGCAACAGCAACAGCUGCGGCGGCGGCAAGCGCGAGCUUGAUGGCGGCUGCGGCGGCGCCCCGGCCUACCACGGCUCCCAGCGCCGACGUAGCAUCCACCUCAGCAGCAGCCGGGUCGCCUUCCCAGCGCGCGCGUGUGGUACCCGGCGGGGCAGGCAAUGUGCUGUCGGCGUCGUUGCCGGCGCCCGUCUCUUCCUUGGCUGCGUCAGCAGCGUCCGUACCAGCAUCUGUGGCUGUUUCUCAAUCGGAGCAGCAGCCGCCGCCACAGUCUCAGCAGCAGCAGGUGCUGGUGCCCCUCAGCACGAACGCGAUGCCUCCCGCCACAGGUGCCGCCGCAGCCCCGAAGGUGGCUACUGCGGCGCCUGCGUCUUCGGCUGCCCCCGCUCCUGCAGCUGCGCCUUCGUCGGCAGCGCCGGUAUCAACCAUUAGUCUUGAGCCCUCCAGUCGAGACUUUACACGGCCCGCAACCGACGAGCAAGAGGCACGGAACACGCUGGCCGUCAUUUUCCGGCGAAUUGGCGACAAAGGGCAGUCACAGCAGGCACUCGUGGACCUGCACCAUUUCAUUGAGGCCAACCCAGACCUCGACGUGCUCAACCAAAUGCUCAGCCAGGUGAGCCCUUACUUCAAGACUUACCUGCAGCGCGGCCUAGGUAAGGUGCGCUUGCAGAUCCAGCACGCGGCCAAUGCAGCGGCCGCAGCGGCUGCGCAAGAGCAGCGUGUAGCGUCACCGCCAGCUGCAGCGAAGACGGCCUCUGACGGCGGCGCCUGCCAAACAAGCGGCAGCACCUGGGGCACGCCAGACGGCGAAGGGGCACCCAUGACCGCUGCCGAGAAGCUGGCGGCGGCUGAGGCGCGGCCACACAGCCCCAACUCUCCAGGACGGCUGCGCGGUGUGGGCAACCUGGACGAACUCCGCAACCGCAUGAACAGCUUGAGCACGAACCUGCACGACCUGCCCCUCCGCAACUCCACGAGCGUCGCGGUGCCGGGUGGCGGCGUCGGCGUCUCCCAGGAUCUCCUGGACUUGCAGGAGCGUAUGAAGAAGAUCCAGAGCAUUGCAGCAGCAGCGGGUCCGGGCAACUGAGCAGGAAGUGUACGGUUAACUGGCAGUUAUCUGCUUGCUGUGAUGGUUGAGUGUUUAGUAUGGUGUCUUGACGGCUAACUUGUAUUUCAUUCGGCUGGCUGCGUGGCUUGCGUUUCUUUCGGUAGAUGGCACGUGCAUAUAGUGAAUGCAGGAAGGUAGCUGGAGCUUUUGCGUAGGCAUGACUUAUGAUCUCAUUUAUGCAUUUAGUUAGGUCUACUAAGGGAGGGGGGGCAUGACGCAGGACCUGACUUGGGUAUGGUGAUGAAAUGGGGAAGCACACGGGAAUACAACCCCAUGCUUGUAUGUGGGGUGCCAGACCCACCCACCAACGCUGUCGUAACAGCCGUGCCGUACGAUAAUGCUGUAGCAACGUCGAAGUCGCCCCCAGCAAUGCACAAUUCAAUUGCAUUUCAAUCACCC